AUGACAUCCUGCAAGAAGGUCGAAUACUGCAGUCUUGCAUACCUGAUCAUGGACGAAGGUCACAAAUACACCUACGUCGCCUGCGAUGCCGCCGCUGCAACAGAUACCUAUUACAUCACUCCAAAAGUCCCGGCAUUGACAAAAGCCGUUUCACAAACAACAUCGCCAAGUGAGACAUCGAAAGCUUCCAGCGACACAACAGCUGUCACAGAGACAAGCACCACCUCGUCGGGAAGCGCCACAGAAGCCACUGCCGAGGUCUCUGAUGACAAUCGACCUGAAUCGGGGAGUAACACGGGUGCAAUAGUCGGCGGUAUCGUUGGGGGCCUGGCUGUGGUUUGCGGAACUGCUGUUGCGGUUUUAUAUCUACUUCGAAAGAGUCGUGCGCAGAAGCCGUAGACGACGCCAGAGACGGGGCAGGGGAUGACCGAAGCACCGGGUCAGACAGAAACGGAUAAUGGACCCAAGGAGUUGGUGGAUCGAAGCCCUCUGAUGUUCCAGCGGACCGUCAAACAGCCGAGUUACAAGCAAC